AUGUUGAUUUUAUUGGUAAAACGAGGCUUUUAUACGUUAGUAAAAGGGCCGCCUCGCGGUUACGGCGGGCCACCAUACGGCGCGGGCGCUCCCGGCGGCCCGCAACAACCUCCCGGCGCAUACGGACCACCAGGCUCAUAUCCGCCGAGGUACCCACCGGGUCCUCCUGGCGCGCCUAAUUCAAGACCUCCGUUUUCACCGCAUCAGGGCUACGAGCGGGGUGGUUCACCACAACCAACUCACCCGCAAGGUGCUCCAAGUCCUGGGUCAGCGCAGAGCGCGCCCGGCGGCCUGUCACCAAAUCAUGAGUCGCAUCCCUCGCACAUGCCACCUGGCUCACAACCACAUCAGGGUUAUCCACCUCCACCGAGGCCUGGCCAGCCGUCAACACCAAACGCGCAUGACCAAGAUUCGCGAAAAUUCCUAGUAAGUUUGAGAUGGGGUUCUGAUUCGGGUUAUUUAUUUACGCAACGUCAGCUGAAUGACGGCUCAAAGGAAAAUAUUACUCGGCCUAGAGACGAAAGGGGCGCUUUGAGAAUGUCCCUACAAUGCUAUUCAUUAGUGUCACAAACUCAACUGCACCCUAAAGAUGCUUUGAAAUGUUUAAAAUAUUUCUCUACCUCUCUUAUCUUUGAUUGA